AUGGCCACCGAGGAUUCUCUAUACAGACAACUAUUCAACUCUCGCCUUUCAGAUGAUCUAAGCCGUCGAAAAUACAUUCCGAACAGCGAGUUGCGUAAGAUUGUAGCAACGGACAACAUCAUAACUGAGCUCCAUGAGCACCAGAAAAGAUGGUCGUUAAAGCGAAUUCGACAGAACUCGACAAAUCUUGCCACCAGGAUCCUGGAGUCUGGACAGAAGUUGUUUGUGAUUUUGGUGAAUCUGACGUUGUCCUGGGGCGUCAAGAACCUCCUCGACGCUGGCCUGACAGACGAAGACCUGCCACUGUCCAAACGCGGUAACCACUUGUAUUCGUCCGUGGAUCCUGCGCGAAGCUUCAAGUGGCCUUCCGAAUGGGGGCUGGAAAAACUGGACGACUUCGUCGAAAAGCAGUGGCUAGUUCUGGCGCCAGUCUUUUCACCUAGCCUCGUGGUUGCGCUCAAGGAAUUCAAGUUCAAAGAAGACUUCGAAAAAGAGCGAAAUAAUCUCAACAGGAUUCGUGGGCUGAGUUUGAAUAAGCAUAUCAUACAGAACUUUGAGACAUUCUCCCAGGGGAACAAGACUUACAUCAUGUUUCCCUGGGCUGAGGGAGGAGACCUCGACAACUUCUGGAAGGAUGAGGACACGAAGAUUCGAUCGCCUCAGCUGGCCCUCUGGUGUCUGCAACAGAUGCUUGGUCUUGCGGAAGCGCUUGAGUUUCUCCACAACCAGAUUGGAGAGCGGGCUAACUUCCGUCACGGUGACUUGAAACCUGGCAAUAUCCUGCACUUCCUCACCGGAGGGCCGUAUGGUAUCCUGAAGAUCGCCGACUUUGGCAUAUCUCGCAUCCACGACGUCGCAACCUUGCAGAGGCAGGGAAUAGCGACAACCACCCGAGCAACAACACCUUCCUAUGAGGCGCCGGAAGCCAUAUACACUGACAGACCACGUUCCCGCAAGUUCGAUAUUUGGUCUCUUGGGUGCAUAUUCCUGGAGUUUACCAUCUGGUUUGUGCGUGACUGGGAGGCUGUUGAGAACUUCGGCAGUGCCCGGAAGCCCACAUCGGUGGGGCAUGACAAGGCUCACUUUUAUCAGAUGAAAGCCACCAAGGCCAAAGACAGCACUGAGGUCCACCCUGCAGUAGUCGAUAACAUCGCUAGUCUGAGAAGUGUGGCCCAAAGCGACAAGGAUACAGCAUUCGUGGAAGUGCUUGAAAUUAUCGAGUUGAACCUACUCAGAAUUGAAGUGGAGGACCGGGUUGAUGCAAAGGAGCUGUGCGAGCUGCUUUCAGGGGUUCUCAAGCGAGCACAGGGAGAUCAGGAUUAG